CAACACUGUAGAGUAUUCAAUCAACACAACGAUCUAUCAGAGAUCAUGUUCGCUGUUGAUUACAGUCUGAGGGUUCAUUAGGAGGCGAAUUACUGUAGGAUUUGGCUAAUUUUCAUCGGAGUCGUUGAUGGUUUAAGAUACCUGUACACAGGCCGUACACAUACCGUACACAGGCCGUAGACAGGACGUACACAUACCGUACACAUACCGUACACAGGCCGUACACAGGCUGUACAUAGGCCGCACACAUAGCGUACACAGGACGUACACAAGACAUACAGAGAGUGUACACAUACAGAAGGAAGUUAUCAUAGAGAUCUGAAGGCUACAGCCAUAAUUGUGUCACCACCCUGUAACUGUGUCACCACCUGCUCUCUUGCAGACAUGGAGUUCCUACAGCAGCUACAGAUCGCUGCCAAACUUGGGAUACCCCGCGAACAGUUUUUUGCCAUCUGGGAGGCCGAGGCACAGAACGCCCGACUCAACGCUGAGACCCGCAUCCUACAGCUGGAGAAGGAGAAACUGCUGGCUGAGCAGUCCAUUCACUACGCGGAUAAGGAAAACAUCAGCAAACAGCACCACCCCAUCCGUGUCAACAACGAACUUGUCAACAAAAAACGCGAGGCGAGACACAACGACACAAAACACGACGAAACCGAUAACUCAGUUCACGAACAGCUGAUCAAACUUCAGACCCAGAUCAAUGAGAUCAAACAGGUCAGCGACGAGAAAAUCAAUCACCUGCACCUAAUCAAUAACGAGUUGAGAGAAGAGGUUUUCAGGAUACGGAACUUUCUGGUGGAAAUGUUAAACCAUAAGGAUUUCCAGACCCAUCUUCUGGCGCCGUGGAAUUUACAUCACCUUCAAAUCAACGAAGCUCCUAAACUAAAAACAUGGGACCCACACUCAACUCAGCUAAACCAAAGAGACGACGUUGAAAAAUUAUUCAUUGAAAACGAAAGUAAAAGUCAGGUGGAUGAGGAACCGGAUGUGGGGAGUUUCCCGGAAAUGAGCGAAUACAGCUACUCGCCUUCAUCCUGGGCGUCUGACGUCACUAACGAUUUCGAAAGUGUUUCGUGGGAGCGUGUAGGGAUCCGCGGGAACAAACCGAGACCGACCCCGGGGUCGACAGUCGCCACUGGGAUCUACGCCGAAGCCAUCGCUCUCCAAAUGUCGAAAGAGUACCAGGAGGCAAGGGAGGUCACCGAGGUUCAACAAAAGCGCCACAAAUCUGGAGAGUUACCCGCCCCUGUCGUUAACCAACGCAAAACAGAUAAAAACCAGUUUCCCGAUCAGUUUUCCGGCGCUGUUAAACCAGGUCGUGAGGUGGUUAAACCGGGUCGCGAGGUGGUUAAAAUCGCCCCUCUGGUUCCCCAAAUAACCGUCAUCCCCCAGGACGGGCAUAGAUUCACCGUCAACAAGGUGGACAAGUUCUACGCCACCAAGAGCAAAUUCUACACAAAUUUCCUCUACACCCGCUCCAAGGAGUGCAAGCUCCGGCUCAUGACACGCUUCAACGCCCACGGCUUGCUGGACGUCCAACUCCUGGUCUCCGUGGCACCGGACAACAAAUCCGUCCGCUGGCCGCUGACCCUGCAGGGGUUCGGGAAAAUCUACAAUCCCGAGUCCAAGAAGCACACGUCGAUCUGGUCCAUCGACCCGACCGUGUGCAACAGACCGGAACCGGGGAAGGAGCUGGUCGUCCCCGCCGUCGUCUGCCUGACCACGCUGAGGGGGAACUACAAUGACGUCACGUACGAGCUGCUGGAAUCGAAGCACUACGUCAAAGAAAACAACUUCCGGUUUGUUUGGAAUGUCUCCACGGGGGAUGGGAUUUUAACUGAAACAUGGUCCUGCGGCGAAACCGUUGAAUGAAACUAUUUUAAACUAAUUAGCAAUUAAGAUACAGUACCGCUGUACCGAUGGUUUAUCUAAUAAAUUGUAUAUGUAAAAUAAUUGAUCUAAACUCAAAUGUCUUUCGCGUUUUAUUGCAUAAUGUGGACGGUUUAGUUAUUCACAAAAGAUUGUAUUAUUCAGAAAUAAUGAUAUCACAAAUUAUUUUACCUGAUUUAUUCGAGUUGUUCUUGUCUCCACUUUCUCUUUCAGUCUUCGGACUGCCCAUAUUUAAAAAAAAUAAACUAUAACGUUUUAAAGGAAUUUUUUUUAAUAGUGGGGUAUUUUCUUUAUUGAAGUACCAACUCCACUGGUAUGUGAGAUAUUAGUAAUUUAAAACUUUAAUUUAACCUCGUUUUGGUGAUGUCUCAAGUUAUUGUUUAUUAUCGUAAUUCUAAUAAAACAGCGAUUGUGUUUUUCUUCCACCAACUGUGGAGUAUCUACGUCAGAUAUGGGCGAGGGACGGUCGCGUAAAUGGUGUCAUUUGACAGUCACGUCAAUUGUGUCAUGUGACAGUCACGUCAAUUGUGUCAUGUGACAGUCACGUCCAUUGUGUCAUGUGACAGUCACGUCAAUUGUGUCAUGUGACAGUCACGUCAAUUGUGUCAUGUGACAGUCACGUCAAUUGUGUCAUGUGACAGUCACGUCAAUUGUGUCAUGUGACAGUCACGUCCAUUGUGUCAUGUGGCAGUCACGUCAAUUGUCUCAUGUGACAGUCACGUCAAUAGUGUCAUGUGACAGUCACGUCAAUUGUGUCAUGUUACAGUCACGUCAAUUGUGUCAUGUGACAGUCACGUCAAUUGUGUCAUGUGACAGUCACGUCCAUUGUGUCAUUUGACAGUCACGUCACUUGUGUCAUGUGACAGUCAUUACGUCACUUGUGUCAUGUGACAAUCACGUCAAUUGUGUCAUGUGGCAGUCACGUCAAUUGUCUCAUGUGACAGUCACGUCAAUAGUGUCAUGUGACAGUCACGUCAAUUGUGUCAUGUUACAGUCACGUCAAUUGUGUCAUCAGACAGACAUGUAAGCAGUAAAGUCACAUAUCUUGUUAUGACUUUUCAUAAAACUGCUUCACACUCAAAUCUGUUUUCCCGAUAUUUGUAAAAUUAUUUUUGAAAUAAAAACACAUGUUAGCUAUGUACAUAUUGCAUGUGUGUACGUGUACAUUAGAAAACUGUACUCCACUGCUGAUUUGAUGCUAUUA